CAAGCUUCGACGAGGAAAGCGCUUACAAAGGACGGAUCGGAAACGAGCGAAGAUUCGAAUAGAUCAAGAUGGUGACCUCGAAGCCGUUCAAGAUCCAAAUUUCGGAUCAAGAGCUCGAGAUUCUGCGGCAGAAGCUGGAGCUAGCGCGAUUACCCGACCAGCCCGAAGGCUACACCAUCAAACAGGGCGUUCCAGUCCCAGAAAUCAGCCGCAUCGUCGAACAUUGGAAGACGGACUUUCUGCCGAAAUGGAGAGAGCACGAGGCUAAGCUGAACGAGCUCCCCAUGUUUACGCGUCCAGUACAGUCUCAGGGGUUUGGCACGCUGGACAUCCACUUCAUACACGCAACGAGCAAAGCGGAGAAUGCCAUCCCGCUGCUCUUCGUCCACGGCUGGCCCGGGAGCUUCAUUGAGGCGUCCAAGAUCGUGAGCAAGCUGACGGAUCCUGGCGAAGGCAAGCAAGCGUUUCACGUCGUGGCUCCGAGCCUACCGAAUUACGGCUUCAGCGAAGGCGUCAAGAAGCGAGGCUUCAACCUAGCGCACUACGGCCACGUGUGCAACCAGCUCAUGCUCGACCUUGGAUACGACCAGUACGUCGCCCAAGGAGGCGACUGGGGCUCGAUCAUCACGCGAAUCAUGGGCCGCUUUCACGCCGACCACAUGCGAGCCGUGCACGUCAACAUGCUCGCGUUUCAGCCUAGCAACGUGCUGAAGCAGCCCUGGCUGCUCUUGACUGCGCUGCUCCCGAGCUUCUGGCCCACGAAGCUCGAACGGCAGGGCCUGAAAAACGGCGUGCAGUACACGGUGGACGGGAACAAGUACUAUGAGAUCCAGCGGACGCGGCCACAGACGGUCGCCUACUGCCUCAGCGACUCGCCGGUGGCCUUGCUCGGCUGGGUGUACGAGAAGCUGAUCCACUGGACGGACGACUACCCUUGGACGCCCGACGAGAUCCUCAUCUGGAUAUCGAUCUACUGGUUUUCCCGCGCGGGGCCGGGGGCCAGCGUGCGCACAUACUUUGAAGCCCACGACGAAGAUGCGCAGUGGCGCGGCGCAGAGACGGAAUACCGCUUCUGGGACUGGCAGAAGGCGCUGCUGGGAACCAGCCAGUUCCCAAGGGACAUCAUCAACAUCCCCCGCUUUCUUGCCAGGACGCUCGGCAAGGUCGUCUUUGAACGCCAGCAUACCUCCGGGGGCCACUUUGCGGCCUGGGAGAGGCCGGACGAGCUCGUCGCCGACUUGCAGGACAUGUUCGGACCGGGCGGAGGAGCUCAUGGUUGCGUGGCCAGCGUGCCCAAGUAAAUAAAGGGGCGGCGUCGGAACAUGCUCCUUUUACAAACCCGAAGGGGCCGAAUGAUGCGAACAGGUGCGCUGUGAAAUGGCUUUGAGUUCGGGCACGUUCAUUGUCCACUUCUAUCCGUACACGUCGACCCCACAAAAAAGGACAUUUUGGUCGCGCACAAGUACAUCUCAAUCGCUCUUCUAAUUGACCACUCCUUUUCCC